GCCGCUUUAAGUGUACGCAAUGGCUAGGCUCCGAUUUGAUGCUUUGUAGCGGUCCAGACACCUCACAUAAUCAAAACAACGUAACCAAGCGUCUGUGAUACGGCAAAGUUGCAGAUUUCAAACACCAUGCCUGUGGCAGCCACCGGCACAGAGCACGCAGUGCCGCAGGUGCUGGACACUCUGAGUGACAGCACAAGCUCCACUACUGCCAAUGACCUGGACCUCAUCUUCCUCAAGGGCAUCAUUGAGAGCCCAGUGAGUGCAGAAAGUCUGGAGCAGACACGGCUAGAGGCCGUAAGGGACAAUAAUGUGGAGCUGGUGCAGGACAUCCUUAGGGAGCUGACUCCCUUCACACACCACAGCAACACAGCUGCUGAGCUCACUCGCAUUCUAAACCAGCCACACUUUCAGUCACUGCUGGAGACCCACGACUCUGUUGCUGCUCAGACGUGUGAGACUCCGCCCCCCAGCCCCUGUGCUUUUAUGGAACCACCCAUUAACAGCAUCCCGGUGCCAGCUGAUUCCAUACGCAUGGUUGGCAUUCGCAAAGUUGCUGGAGAGCAUUUGGGUGUGACCUUCCGUAUAGAGAACGGAGAGCUUGUGAUUGCCCGUAUCCUCCACGGGGGCAUGAUUGAUCAGCAGGGCCUGCUUCACGUGGGCGACAUCAUCAAAGAGGCGAAUGGAAAAGAGGUUGGUGAUGACCCACGUGUGCUGCAGGAGAUGCUACAGGAGGCCAGCGGAAGUGUGGUGCUCAAAAUCCUGCCUAGUUACCAGGAGCCACACCCACCCAGACAGGUUUUUGUGAAGUGUCAUUUUGAUUAUGAUCCAGCCAAUGACAACCUCAUACCUUGCAAAGAGGCGGGACUGCAGUUCUCAAGUGGCGACAUUCUGCAAAUUGUUAACCAGGAAGAUGUUAACUGGUGGCAGGCAAGUCAUGUAGAGGGAGGCAGUGCUGGCCUGAUUCCCAGUCAACAUUUGGAGGAAAAGAGGAAAGCUUUUGUUAAAAGAGAUGUGGAGCUUUCACCAGCAGCCAAUCUCUGUACUGGAGUUGUCGGCAGGAAAAAGAAGAAAAUUAUGUAUCUGACUACAAGAAAUGCAGAGUUUGACAGGCAUGAGUUACCCAUCUAUGAGGAGGUGGCCAAAGUCCCUCCAUUUCACAGGAAGACGCUGGUUCUGAUCGGGGCACCUGGAGUGGGCAGACGAAGCCUGAAGAAUAAACUGCUCGUGUCAGAUCCUCAGCACUACGGCACCACCAUUCCCUAUACAUCUAGGAAGCCUAAAUCUGCAGAAAGGGAGAAUAUGAUGUAUGCCUACACAUCUCGGAACAAGAUGGAAGCUGACAUAAAAGCUGGGCGGUAUCUCGAACAUGGUGAAUUUGAUGGUAACCUAUAUGGCACUAAGAUCGAGUCCAUCCAUGAGGUAAUAGAGGCCGGACGCAUCUGCAUCCUGGAUGUCAACCCACAGGCGCUAAAGGUCCUCAGGACAUCAGAGUUUCUACCAUACGUGGUGUUCAUAAAAGCUCCUGAGUUUGAGGUCCUGAAGGCCAUGAAUAGAUCUGGGAUUGAAGCAGAAGUGGUGACCAAACACCUUACAGACCCAGAGCUGAAGAGGACAGUGGAUGAGAGUUCCAAGAUUCAAAGAGUGUAUGAACAUUACUUUGACCUCACUAUAGUGAAUGAUGACUUCGAGGAGGUGUACAGAAACCUCAAGACGGCAUUAGAGAAACUGAAAGGAGCUCAACAGUGGGUACCAGUUGGGUGGGUCUUUUAGGGCAUGAUGGAAGAGCAAUGGUCGGGUGUUCACGUGUCGCCAGUGUAACCCAGAUCAUGUCAUUAACCUUGUGCCAAUAUGUUACCAGUCUGAGAGAUCUGUGUCCUGUAUGAGUUCAUGUGUGAGUAUGCAUGGCUACCAAUUACCCUUUACAAAAAACCUGAGAACUUGCAGUUCAACAACAAUUUACACAGUUUUCGUGUUUUAUUUUUGAGUAUAAACAUUAAACGCAUUUUUUAAAUUACAAAAUAUUACAUGCUUACACAGAAAACACUCUAUGGUCACUGUCGGACUGAUAUCUCCAUUUUUAUGGGCUUUGCAAAUAUUUAACCAACAAAAAUUAUUAAAAAGAGCUUGUCAACUCUUGCUAAACAGUAUUUAUUAUUUAAAAAAUGCAGCGUUUCAGUCCGACAGUGCCAAUAUUUUAGUUUUGCAUCACAAACCAGAGUUUUGUAUACUACACAGUGUUUCAUUUCUGAAUUGUAUUUUAAUAUAAGACUUAGACACAUGAGUUCUGUACAGUUGUUCUUGUACAUGCCUCAUACAACACUAUUUUGGUAAAUAUAUUAAAAUUUGAAUAAUCUGAUUUGGACACUUGGAAUACAUUGAUAUGAACCUUAUACAAACAGCAGAUAAUGCAUUAAAGUAAAAUUUUGAUACUGGCGCUCAUUUCACAAUAUGUACUACAGAACACAGUCAUAUUGUUUUUCAAUGGUCGUUUUUUAUUGAGCACCACAGCAAGUUUUGUCAACUUUAUAUAUAUUUGCAAAUCCAUAUAGGCUACAAUUACAUGGCAAUAAUUUUCAUAGAUAGAGACCAAACAUCGUUUUUACACCUUAUUUAGAAAUAAAAAUGUUAACUGAAGGCAAGAACAGUGUUGAAGCAUGACAUUUAAGACCUGUUUAAAGUCAAAUGUAUUCAUUGCAUGUAUUUUUGUAUUAUGGUUAUCUGCUCUUACCACCUGCAAACAUCAUGGCGUAUUUAUUAUAAUGCUGUAAAUGCUUGUUUGAUGAGCAUGUGUGUUUUCUUACAGACCCGCACUACUUUUUUAUUAUAAAUAAGCUUUAGUUUAUAUUCACAGAUUAUUAUUCAUGCCAAUAAUGUUUGGCUUAACUACUGGCAGCUAUUGUUUGUUGGUUUAUAUUGUUUAUAUUUAUUUGUAAGGUGUUUGAAUCCGAAUUUAAGUUUUGAUAUUACAUUUUCUACAUGUUGUAACAAGUCAUUGCAAAAUCACUGUAUGGUUACAAGAACAAUCGUAAAUGCCUAAUGUCUAAAUAAAAUGUUUGGGGAAAUAAA